CCUCGCUCCGUCUGCGGUUCCCUGCCAGUCAACUCAGCGGGGCAGCUCUGGAUCGGUCUGCUGCCUUCCGCCUGCAAAGAGGAUGGCUGCUGCCUCUCCCACCCGCUGACCUACUUUGGUCCUUGGCCUCCAGAGCGGCUGGGAUGCCAGACCCUGCGUGUCCGAGUGAUGGCCGGGCUCAGCCUGCCCCCUCCUCCUGCAGCGGAGCAGGCAGAACGCACGUAGGCAGUCAAUUAAGGAGACCUUGGAGCAAGCCGCCGAGCAUCUGCUCUGAGACCUGGGCCAACUGCCCUGCAGGGAGGAGGCUCAGGACUUUCCUCUGGGGCAGACAGUUUAGCGGGGCUCCCAACCUGGCUGAUACGAGCUUGCGUGCCCGAGUGCCAAACUUUUCAGACUUUAUCCAGAGGCUUGAAUUUCCACUUCUCAAACGAUGGAGAACCCAAGAGGGCCCUAAAGAUCUGGAGUGCCCCCAUCCCCUCCCAUGUAUUAGACAACGCGGAAAGGGGUCACCUCCACCCCACCAGCAAAUCAGCAUCUGGCUUUGAGGGCCAGCCAGCCAGCCCCGCGGUGCAGAACCACACCUGUCUCCCGCCCCAAAGAUGCUUUCCAGAGCUGCCUGGAGUCUGCUGAUGAGGACCGGAGGACUCGGAACUCGGGGGACACACAGCCCAGGAAGUACUGCUGGCGGUCAGCGGAGGCUGAGUCCCUAUGUUGACUGCUAUGCCCAGCGCUCCUACCCCAUGCCAGACGAACCCUUCUGCACAGAGCUCAGCGAGGAGCAGAGGGCCCUGAAGGAGAAAGAGAAGAGCAGCUGGGCCCAGCUGAGCCAAGCAGAGAAGGUGGCCUUGUACCGGCUCCAGUUCCAAGAAACCUUCGCAGAGAUGAACCGUCGCUCCAAUGAGUGGAAGACCGUGAUGGGCUGUGUCUUCUUUUUCAUUGGAUUCACGGCUCUGAUGAUUUGGUGGCAGCGGAUCUAUGUCUUCCCUGAGAAGGUUGUCACCCUGACGGAUGAACGGAAAGCCCAGCAGCUCCAGCGCCUCCUGGACAUGAAGAGCAACCCCAUCCAGGGCCUGGCUGCCCAGUGGGAUUACGAGAAGAAGGAAUGGAAAAAGUGACCAGCAUCACUCAUCCGCUGCUUGCCCUUGCGAGACCACCCUGGUGCAGAGCCUGAGGCCCAGAGCCCCCUCCCCUCCCCUCCCCUCCCCUCCCUCCCCUCCCUUCUCCUCCGC